AUGUAUUCUCUUCCGCCUCACCUUCAAUCCUCUUCCGCCUCACCUGCAAUUCUCUUCUGCCUCACCUUCUAUCCUCUUCCGCCUCACCUGCAAUCCUCUUCCCUCACCUCAUAUCCUCUUCCUCUUCCGCCUCUGCCUCACCUGCAAUUCUCUUCUUUCCUCAUCUUCUAUCCUCUUCCGCCUCACCUGCAAUUCUCUUCUGCCUCACCUUCCAUCCUCUUCCCCUCUUCUUCCUCCUCACCUGCAAUCCUCUUCUCACCUGCAAUUCUUUCUGCCUCACCUUCCUCUUCCAUCCCUCUUCCGCCUCACUCUGCAAUCCUCUUCCGCCUCAUAUGCUAUCCUCUUCCGCCUCACCUGCAAUCCUCUUCCGCCUCACCUUCUUCUGCCUCCUCUUCCUCUUCCACUCACCUGCCUCUCUUCCUGCCUCAUCUGCUUCCGCCUCCUGCCUCUUCACCUUUCCGCCUCAUAUGCUAUCCUCUUCCGCCUCAUAUGCAAUUCUCUUCUCACCUGCUAUCCUCUUCCGCCUCAUCCUCACCUUCCUCUUCCACCUCACCUCAAUUCUCUUCGCCUCAUGCUAACCUGCAAUUCUCUUCUGCCUCACCUUCUAUCCUCUUCCGCCUCACCUGCAAUUCUCUUCUGCCUCACCUUCCUAUCCUCUUCCGCCUCCUCCAAUCCUCUUCCCUCCACCAAUUCUCUUCUGCCUCACCUUCUCUUCCGCCUCAUCCUCUUCCGCCUCACCUGCAAUCCUCUUCCCGCCUUCUUCUGCUGCUAUCCUCUUCCGCCUCACCUGAAUUCUCUUCCGCCUCCUUCCUCUUCCGCCUCACCUUCUAUCCUCUUCCUCAUAUUCUAUCCUCUUCCGCCUCACCUGCAAUCCACUUCCGCCUCAUAUUCUAUCCUCUUCCGCCUCACCUGCAAUCCUCUUCCGCCUCAUAUGCUAUCCUCUUCCGCCUCACCUGCUAUCCUCUUCCGCCUCACCUGCAAUUCUCUUCCUUCUUCCUCUUCCUCCUUCUAUCCUCUUCCGCCUCACCUGCAAUCCUCUUCCGCCUCACCUAUCCUCUUCCGCCUCACCUGCAAUCCUCUCUCCGCCUCCCCUUCCUCACCUGCAAUCCUCUUCUUCCCCUCCCUUCCCCUCUUCCGCCUCCUCACCUGCAAUUCUCUUCUGCCUCACCUUCCUCUUCCUCAAUUCUCUCCCUCACCUCCUCUUCCGCCUCACCUGCAAUCCUCUUCCGCCUCAUAUGCUAUCCUCUUCCGCCUCAUCUGAUCCUCUUCCCUCAUCUGCAAUUCUCUUCUGCCUCACCUUCUAUCCUCUCCUCUUCCUGCAAUUCUCUUCCUCUUCCGCCUCACCUGCAAUUCCUCUUCUGCCUCACCUUCUAUCCUCUUCCGCCUCACCUGCAAUUCUCUUCCGCCUCACCUUCCAUCCUCUUCCGCCUCACCUGCAAUUCUCUUCUGCCUCACCUGCAAUUCUCUUCUGCAUCCCUCUUCCGCCUCACCUGCAAUCCUCUUCCGCCUCACCUGCUAUCCUCUUCCGCCUCACCUGCAAUUCUCUUCUGCCUCACCUUCUAUCCUCUUCCGCCUCAUCUGCAAUUCUCUUCCGCCUCACCUUCAAUCCUCUUCCGCCUCAUAUUCUAUUCUUCCUGCCUCACCUUCUUCCGCCUCACCUGCAAUCCUCUUCCUUCUAUCCUCACCCUCUUCCGCCUCACCUUCUCUCCUCUUCCGCCUCUCACCUUCCAUCCUCUUCCUCCUCCGCCUCUGCAAUUCUCUUCUGCCUCACCUUCUAUCCUCUUCCUCUUCCUCCUCUGCCUGCAAUUCCUCUUCCGCCUCACCUUCUGCCUCCUCUUCCCUCCCUCCGUUCUUCUGCCUCACCUUCUUCCUCUUCCUCACCUGCUAUUCUCUUCCGCCUCACCUGCAAUCCUCUUCCGCCUCAUAUGCUAUCCACCUCCUAUCCUCCUGCAAUUCUCUUCCGCCUCACCUGCAAUCUCUUCUGCCUCACCUGCUAUCCUCUUCCGCCUCACCUGCCAAUUCCUCUUCCGCCUCCUUAUCCGCCUCCCUCAAUUCUCUUCCUCACCUCUAUCCUCUUCCGCCUCACCUUCAAUCCUCUUCCGCCUCACCUCACCUUCAAUUCUCUUCUGCCUCUUCUCUUUCCUCUUCAUCCUCCCUCUUCCGCCUCACCUGCAAUUCUCUUCUGCCUCACCUUCUAUCCUCUUCCUCACCUGCAACCUCUUCCGCCUUCCUCUUCCGCCCUCAAUCCUCUUCCGCCUCCCUUCAAUCCGCUUCCGCCUCAUAUGCAAUUCUCUUCUGCCUCACCUGCACCUUCCGCCUCAUCCUCAUCCGCCUCACCUGCAAUCCUCUUCCGCCUCAUAUGCUAUCCUCUUCCGCCUCACCUGCAAUCCUCUUCCGCCUCACCUGCAAUCCUCUUCCGCCUCACCUUCAAUCCUCUUCCGCCUCCUCCUCUUCCCCAAUUCUCUUCUGCCUCACCUGCAAUCCUCUUCCGCCUCACCUGCAAUUCUCUUCCAUCCCAAUUCUCUUCCCUCACCUCCUCAUCCGCCUCACCUGCAAUUCUCUUCACCUGCCUCACCUGCAAUCCUCUUCCGCCUCACCUCUUCUGCCUCUAAUUCUCUUCCGCCUCACCUGCUAUCCUCUUCCGCCUCACCUGCAAUUCUCUUCUGCCUCACCUUCUAUCCUCUUCCGCCUCACCUGCAAUUCUUCCGCCUCUUCUAUCCUCUUCCCCCUCACCUGCAAUUCUCUUCUGCCUCCUGCAAUCCUCUUCCGCCUCAUCUGCUAUCUCUUCUGCCUCACCUGCAAUUCCCUUUCUCUUCUGCCUCAUCUGCUAUCCUCUUCCGCCUCCUGCAAUUCUCUUCUGCCUCACCUUCCUCUUCCCGCCUCUCCACCUGCCUCUUCCGCCUCUUCUCCUCUUCCACCCCAUCCUCUUCCGCCUCACCUGCAAUCCUCUUCCCGCCUCAAUACUAUCUUCUAUCCUUCCCUCUUCCGCCUCACCUGCAAUUCUCUUCUGCCUCACCUUCUGUCCUCUUCCGCCUCUACCUGCAAUUCUCUUCCGCCUCCACCUGCUAUCCUUUCACCUCAUCUAUCCUCUUCUCUCCUCUUCCUCCUCCUGCAAUUCUCUUCUGCCUCACCUUCUAUCCUCUUCCGCCUCACCUGCAAUUCUCUUCUGCCUCAUAUGCUAUCCUCUUCCGCCUCACCUGCAAUCCUCUUCUGCCUCACCUUCUAUCCUCUUCCGCCUCACCUGCAAUCCCUCUUCCGCCUCACCUGCCUCUUCCUCCUCCGCCUCAUAUCACCUCCCUCUUCCGCCUCACCUGCAAUCUCUUCUGUCCGCCUCAUAUGCCCUCUUCUGCCCACCUUCUAUCCUCUUCCGCCUCACCUGCAAUUCUCUUCCGCCUCACCUUCUAUCCUCUUCCGCCUCACCUGCAAUUCUCUUCUGCCUCACCUUCUAUCCUCUUCCCGCCUCACCUUCAAUCCUCUUCCGCCUCACCUUCUUUCCUCUUCCGCCUCUCCCUGCAAUUCUCUUCUGCCUCACCUUCUAUCCUCUUCCGCCUCACCUGCAAUCCUCUUCCGCCUCACCUUGCUAUCCUCUUCCGCCUCACCUGCAAUUCUCUUUCUGCCUCACCUUCUAUCCUCUUCCGCCUCACCUGCAAUUCUCUUCCGCCUCAUUCCAUCCUCUUCCAUCCCUCUCCUCUUCUGCCUCACCUGCAAUCCUCUUCCGCCUCACCUGCAAUUCUCUUCUGCCUCACCUUGAUCCUCUUCCCGCCUCACCUGCAAUCCUCUUCUGCCUCACCUGCUAUCCUCUUCCGGGCCCCACCUGCAAUCCUCUUCCGCCUCACCUGCUAUCCUCUUCCGCCUCACCUUUCUCUUCUGCCUCCUCUUCCGCCUCACCUGCAAUUCUCUUCUGCCUCAUAUUCUAUCCUCUUCCGCCUCACCUGCAAUUCUUCUUCUCACCUGCAAUUCUCUUUUGCCUCCCUUCUAUCCUCCUCCGCCUCCCUGCAAUUCUCUUCUGCCUCACCAUCUAUCCUCUUCCGACCUGCAAUUCUCCUUCCGCCUCACCUGCAAUCCUCUUCUGCCUCACCUUCUAUGCCUCCUCUUCUCUUCUCAUCUGCUAUCCUCUUCCGCCUCACCUGCAAUUCUCUUCCCGCCUCACCUGCAAUCCUCUUCUUCCGCCUCUUCUGCCUCACCUCACCUCUUCCGCCUCACCUGCAAUUCUCUUCUCACCUCUUCCGCCUCACCUGCGAUUCUCUUCUGCCUCACCUGCUAUCCUCUCCUCUCUUCCGCCUCACCUUCUAUCCUCUUCCGCCCUCACCUGCAAUUCUCUUCUGCCUCCUCCUGCUAUCCUCUUCCUUCUGCCUCACCUUCUAUCCUCUUCCGCCUCACCUGCUAUCCUCUUCCGCCUCACCUGCAAUUCUCUUCUGCCUCACCUUCUAUCCUCUUCCGCCUCACCUGCAAUUCUCUUCUGCCUCACCUUCUAUCCUCUUCCUCCCUGCAAUUCUCUUCCGCCUCAUAUCCUUCCGCCUCAUCCUCUUCUGCCUCACCUUCUUUCUUCCGCCUCAUGCAAUUCUCUUCUCCUCUUCCCGCCUCACCUGCAAUCCUCUUCCCGCCUCAUCUUCCGCCUCACCUGCAAUCCUCUUCAAUCACCUUUCCUCUUCCGCCUCAUCCUGCAAUCCUCUUCUGCCUCACCUGCAAUCCUCUUCCGCCUCACCUGCAAUUCUCUUCUGCCUCACCUUCAAUCCUCUUCCGCCUCAUAUGCAAUUCUCUUCUGCCUCACCUGCUAUCCUCUUCCGCCUCACCUGCAAUUCUCUUCCGCCUCACCUUCUAUCCUCUUCCGCCUCACCUGCAAUUCUCUUCUGCCUCACCUUCUAUCCUCUUCCCGCCUCACCUGCAAUUCUCUUCUGCCUCACCUUCUAUCCUCUUCCCUCUUCCGCCUCAUUCUCUUCUUCCGCCUCACCUGCAAUCCUUCUUCCUGUCCUCUUCCGCCUCACCUGCAAUUCUCUUCUGCCUCACCUUCUAUCCUCUUCCGCCUCACCUGCAAUUCUCUUCUGCCUCACCUUCUAUCCUCUUCCGCCUCACCUGCAAUUCUCUUCUGCCUCACCUUCUCCUCCUCCCUCCCUGCAAUCCUCUUCCCUCACCUUCUAUCCUCUUCUAUCCUCUUCCCUGCCUCACCUUCUAUCCUCUUCCGCCUCACCUGCAAUUCUCUUCUGCCUCACCUUCUAUCCUCUUCCGCCUCACCUGCAAUUCUCUUCCGCCUCACCUGCUAUCCUCUUCCGCCUCACCUGCAAUUCUCUUCUGCCUCACCUUCUAUCCUCUUCCGCCUCACCUGCAAUUCUCUUCUGCCUCACCUUCUAUCCUCUUCCGCCUCACCUGCAAUUCUCUUCCUCCCUUCUAUCCUCUUCCGCCUCACCUGCAAUUCUCUUCUGCCUCACCUUCAAUCCUCUUCCGCCUCCUGCAAUUCUCUUCUCUCGCCCGCCUCUCCUGCAAUUCUCUUCUGCCUCACCUUCUAUCCUCUUCCGCCUCACCUGCAAUUCUCUUCUGCCUCACCUUCCUAUCCUCUUCCGCCUCACCUGCAAUCCUCUUCUGCCUCACCUUCUGUCCUCUUCCGCCUCACCUGCAAUUCUCUUCUCCUCACCUUCCAUCCUCUUCCGCCUCACCUUCCAUCCUCUUCCGCCUCACCUGCAAUUCUCUUCUGCCUCACCUUCCUCUUCCCCCUCACUCUUCCGCCUCACCCCUUCUUCCUCUUCCGCCUCAAUUCUCUUCUGCCUCACCUUCAUCCUCUUCCGCCUCACCUGCAAUUCUCUUCCGCCUCACCUGCUAUCCUCUUCCGCCUCACCUGCAAUUCUCUUCUGCCUCACCUGCUAUCCUCUUCCGCCUCACCUGCAAUUCUCUUCCGCCUCACCUUCUGUCCUUCCGCCUCACCUUCCUCUUCCGCCUCAUUUCUGCCCUCUUCUUUCCUCUUCCCGCCUCACCUGCAAUUCUCUUCUGCCUCACCUCUUCCGCCUCAUCCCUCUUCCCGCCUCACCUGCAAUUCUCUUCUGCCUCUUUCUAUCCUCUUCCGCCUCACCUCAAUUCUCUCCCGCCUCACCUUCUGCCCUCUUCCGCCUCAAAUUCUCUUCCUCACCUUCCCUCACUUUCUCUUCUGCCUCCUCUUCCGCCUCACCUGCAAUUCUCUUCUGCCUCACCUGCUAUCCUCUUCCGCCUCACCUGCAAUCCUCUUCUGCCUCUCUGCUUCCUCUUCCGCCUCAUAUGCAAUUCUCUUCUGCCUCACCUGCUAUCCUCUUCCGCCUCACCUGCAAUUCUCUUCUCUUCUGCCUCACCUGCCAUCCUCUUCCGCCUCACCUGCAAUUCUCUUCUGCCUCACCUUCUAUCCUCUUCCGCCUCACCUGCAAUUCUCUUCACCUGCAAUUCUCUCCUCUUCCGCCUCACCUGCAAUUCUCUUCCGCCUCAUAUGCUAUCCUCUUCCGCCUCACCUGCAAUCCUCUUCCGCCUCAAUUCUCUUCCGCCAUCUAUCCUCUUCCGCCUCACCUGCAAUUCUCUUCUGCCUCACCUUCUAUCCUCUUCCGCCUCACCUGCAAUUCUCUUCUGCCUCACCUUCUAUCCUCUUCCGCCUCUUUCUCUUCUGCCUCACCUGCUAUCCUCUUCCGCCUCACCUGCAAUUCUCUUCUCUUCUAUCCUCUUCCGCCUCACCUGCAAUCCUCACCUCUUCCGCCUCACCUGCAAUUCUCUUCUGCCUCACCUUCCUCCCUCCUCUUCUCCUCACCUUCCGCCUCAUCCUGCAAUUUCUCUUCUGCCUCACCUGCUAUCCUCUUCCGCCUCACCUGCAAUUCUCUUCCGCCUCCACCUUCUAUCCUCUUCCGCCUCAUGCAAUUCUGCCUCUUCCACCUCACCUGCUAUUCUCUUCCGCCUCACCUUCAAUCCUCUUCCGCCUCUCUUCUUCUGCCUCACCUUCUAUCCUCUUCCGCCUCACCUGCAAUUCUCUUCUGCCUCACCUUCUAUCCUCUUCCGCCUCACCUGCAAUUCUCUUCUGCCUCACCUUCUAUCCUCUUCCGCCUCACCUGCAAUUCUCUUCUGCCUCACCUUCUAUCCUCUUCCGCCUCACCUGCAAUUCUCUUCUGCCUCACCUUCCAUCCUCUUCCGCCUCACCUGCAAUUCUCUUCCGCCGCACCUUCCUCUUCACCUCUAAUUCUCUUCCGCCUCACCUUUCUCUAUCCUCUUCCGCCUCACCUGCAAUUCUCUUCUGCCUCACCUUCUUCCUCUUCCGCCUCACCUUCUAUCCUCUUCCACCUCACCUGCAAUUCUCUUCCCUCACCUUCUAUCCUCUUCCCGCCUCACCUUCUCUUCUGCCUCAUUCCUCCUCUUCCGCCUCACCUGCAAUUCUCUUCUGCCCUCACCUCUUUCUCUUCUGCCUCAUCCUCUUCCGCCUCACCUGCCAAUUCUCUUCUGCCUCAUCUUCUGCUUCCGCCUCACCUGCAAUUCUCUUCCGCCUCACCUAUCCUCUUCCGCCUCACCUCACUUCUAUCCUCUUCCGCCUCACCUGCAAUUCUCUUCUGCCUCACCUUCUAUCCUCUUCCGCCUCACCUGCAAUUCUCUUCCCUCCCUCACCUGCUAUCCUCUUCCGCCUUCUCACCUGCUAAUCCUCUUCUGCCUCACCUGCUAUCCUCUUCCGCCUCACCUCUUCUGCAAUUCUCUUCCGCCUCACCUUCUAUCCCUCUUCCGCCUCACCUGCAAUUCUCUUCUUCCGCCUCAUAUGCAAUUCUCUUCCGCCUCAUCUGCUAUCCUCUUCCGCCUCACCUGCAAUUCUCUUCUGCCUCACCUUCCUAUCCUUCCGCCUUGCAAUUCUCUUCUGCCUCACCUGCCUCAAUCCUCUUCUGCCUCACCUGCUAUCCUCUUCCGCCUCACCUGCAAUUCUCUUCCGCCUCACCUUCUAUCCUCUUCCGCCUCACCUGCAAUUCUCUUCCGCCUCUCAUUCCUCUUCCGCCUCACCUGCUAUCUUCCCCUUCCUCACCUUCUAUCCUCUUCCGCCUCACCUGCAAUUCUCUUCUUGCCUCUAUCCUCUUCCGCCUCACCUAUCCUAUCCUCUCAUCCGCCUCACCUGCAAUUCUCUUCCUGCCUCACCUGCAAUUCUCCUCUUCCCUCUUCCUCGCCUCACCUGCAAUUCUCUUCUGCCUCACCUUCUAUCCUCUUCCGCCUCACCUGCAAUUCUCUUCUCCUCCCCAUUCAAUCAUCCGCCUCUUCUUUCUCACCUGCUAUCCUCUUCCGCCUCACCUGCAAUUCUCUUCUGCCUCACUUUCCUCCUCAUCCUCUCCUCUUCCGCCUCACCUGCAAUUCUCUUCUGCCUCACCUGCUAUCCUCUUCCGCCUCACCUGCAAUUCUCUUCCGCCGCACCUGCUAUCCUCUUCCGCCUCACCUGCAAUUCUCUUCCUGCCUCAUCCCUGCAAUUCUCUUCCCGCCUCAUCUGCUGUCCUCUUCCGCCUCACCUGCAAUCCUCUUCUGCCUCAUCUUCUAUCCUCUUCCGCCUCAUCCUCUUCCGCCUCUGCAAUUCUCUUCUGCCUCACCUUCAUCCUCUUCCGCCUCACCUGCAAUUCUCUUCUGCCUCACCUUCCAUCCUCUUCCCGCCUCACCUGCCUCUUCCGCCUCACCUGCAAUUCUCUUCUGCCUCACCUUCUAUCCUCAUCCGCCUCACCUGCAAUUCUCUUCUGCCUCACCUUCUAUCCUCUUCCGCCUCACCUGCAAUUCUCUUCUGCCUCACCUUCUAUCCUCUUCCGCCUCACCUGCAAUUCUCUUCCUCACCUGCUAUCCUCUUCCCCUCCUGCAAUUCUCUUCUGCCUCACCUCCUCUUCCGCCUCACCUGCAAUUCUCUUCCGCCUCACCUUCUAUCCUGCCUCACCUGCUUCCCACUCACCUUUCCGCCGCUCACCUCUUCCACCUUCAAAUUCUCUUCUGCCUCACCUUCUAUCCUCUUCCGCCUCACCUGCAAUUCUCUUCUGCCUCACCUUCUAUCCUCUUCCGCCUCACCUGCAAUUCCUCUUCUGCCUCACCUCACCUCUAUCCUCUUCCGCCUCCACCUGCAAUUCUCUUCUGCCUCACCUUCUAUCCUCUUCCGCCUCACCUGCAAUUCUCUUCUGCCUCACCUUCCAUCCUCUUCCGCCUCACCUGCAAUUCUCUUCUGCCUCUUCCUCUUCCGCCUCACCUGCAAUCCUCUUCCGCCCUUCAUCCUCUUCCGCCUCACCUGCAAUUCCUCUUCUGCCUCACCUUCUAUCCUCUUCCGCCUCACCUGCAAUUCUCUUCUGCCUCACCUUCUAUCCUCCUUUCUCUUCUGCCUCACCUGCUAUCCUCUUCCGCUUCACCUGCAAUUCUCUUCUCACCUGCAAUCCUCUUCCGCCUCACCUGCAAUCCUCUUCCCUCACCUUCUAUCCUCUUCCGCCUCACCUGCAAUUCUCUUCUGCCUCACCUUCUAUCCUCAUCCGCCUCACCUUCUCUUCUGCCUCACCUUCUUUUCCGCCUCACGUGCAAAUCUCUUCCCUCUUCCGCCCUCACCUGCUAUCCUCUUCCGCCUCACCUGCAAUUCUCUUCCGCACCUGCCCUCUUCCACCUCACCUGCAAUUCUCUUCUGCCUCAUAUCUAUCCUCUUCCGCCUCCACCUGCAAUUCUCUUCUGCCUCACCUUCUAUCCUCUUCCGCCUCACCUGCAAUUCUCUUCCGCCUCACCUGCUAUCCUCUUCCGCCUCACCUGCAAUUCUCUUCUGCCUCACCUUCAAUCCUCUUCCGCCUCAUAUGCAAUUCUAUCCUCUUCCUCUUCCGCCUCACCUGCAAUUCUCUUCUGCCUCACCUUCAUCAUCAUCCGCCUCACCUCUUCCGCCUCACCUGCUAUCCUUCCGCCUCACCUGCCUCUUCUUCUGCCUCACCUUCUUCCUCUUCCGCCUCACCUGCAAUUCUCUUCUGCCUCACCUUCUAUCCUCUUCCGCCUCACCUGCAAUUCUCUUCUGCCUCACCUUCUAUCCUCUUCCGCCUCACCUGCAAUUCUCUUCUGCCUCACCUGCUAUCCUUCCUCACCUGCAAUUUUCUUCCCGCCUCACCUGCCUCCUCUUCCGCCUCACCUGCAAUUCUCUUCUGCCUCACCUUCUAUCCUCUUCCGCCUCACCUGCAAUUCUCUUCUGCCUCACCUUCUAUCCUCUUCCGCCUCACCUGCAAUUCUCUUCUGCCUCACCUUCUAUCCUCAUCCGCCUCCUGCAAUUCUCUUCUGCCUCACCUGCAAUCCUCUUCCGCCUCACCUCUCUUCUCCUCUUCCCUCUUCCGCCUCACCUGCAAUUCUCUUCUGCCUCACCUUCUAUCCUCUUCCGCCUCACCUGCCUCUUCCGCCUCACCUGCAAUUCUCUUCCGCCUCACCUUCAUCCUCUUCCGCCUCACCUGCAAUUCUCUUCCGCCUCACCUGCAAUUCUAUCCCUCUUCCGCCUCACCUGCAAUUCUCUUCUGCCUCACCUUCUAUCCUCUUCUUCCACCUGCAAUUCUCUCUGCCUUUUUCUGCCUCUUCCUCUUCUGCCUCACCUGCUAUCCUCUUCCGCCUCACCUGCAAUUCUCUUCCGCCUCACCUGCCUCACUUCCGCCUCACCUGCUAUCCUCUUCCCGCCUCACCUGCAAUUCUCUUCUGCCUCACCUUCUAUCCUCUUCCGCCUCACCUGCAAUCCUCUCCGCCUCCACCUCAUAUGCCUCCUGCCUUUCCCUCUAUCCUCUUCCGCCUCACCUGCAAUUCUCUUCUGCCUCACCUUCUAUCCUCUUCCGCCUCACCUGCAAUUCUCUUCUGCCUCACCUUCUAUCCUCUUCCGCCUCACCUGCUAUUCUCUUCCGCCUCACCUUCAAUCCUCUUCCGCCUUCACCUCUGCCUCUUCCUCUUUCUAUCCUCUUCCGCCUCACCUGCAAUUCUCUUCUGCCUCACCUUCUAUCCUCUUCCGCCUCACCUGCAAUCCUCUUCUGCCUCACCUUCUAUCCUCUUCCCGCCUCCCUUCUCUUCUGCCUCUUCUAUCCUCUUCCACCUCACCUGCAAUUCUCUUCUGCCUCACCUUCUAUCCUCUUCCGCCUCACCUGCAAUUCUCUUCUGCCUCACCUUCUAUCCUCUUCCGCCUCAUUCUCUUUCUGCCUCACCUGCUAUCCUCUUCCGCCUCAUCCAAUUCUCUUCUGCCUCACCUCUUCCUCUUCCUCCUCACCUGCUCUUCCUCUUCUAUCCUUCCGCCUCACCUGCAAUUUUCUUCCUCCUCACCUGCUAUCCUCUUCCGCCUCACCUGCAAUUCUCUUCUGCUCACCUUCAAUCCUCUUCCGCCUCACCUGCAAUUCUCUUCUGCCUCCCUUCUAUCUUCCGCCUCACCUGCAAUUCUCUUCUGCCUCACCUUCUUUCCUCUUCCGCCUCACCUGCAAUCCUCUUCUGCCUCACCUGCUAUCCUCUUCCCCCUCACCUUCUUCUGCCUCACCUGCUAUCCUCUUCCGCCUCACCUGCCUCAAUCCUCUUCCGCCUCACCUGCAAUUCUCUUCUGUCCUCUUCCGCCUCACCUGCAAUCCUCUUCUUCUGCCUCCUGCACCUUCUGCCUCAUCCUCUUCCGCCUCACCUGCAAUUCUCUUCUUUCUAUCCUCUUCAGCCUCACCUGCUUCUCUUCUGCCUCAUCCUCUUCCGCCUCACCUGCAAUUCUCUUCUGCCUCACCUUCAAUCCUCUUCCGCCUCACCUGCAAUUCUCUUCCGCCUCACCUUCUAUCCUCUUCCGCCUCACCUGCUUCUCUUCUGCCUCACCUUCUAUCCUCUUCCGCCUCACCUGCUAUCCUCUUCCGCCUCACCUGCAAUUCUCUUCUGCCUCACCUGCUAUCCUCUUCCGCCUCACCUGCAAUUCUCUUCUGCCUCACCUGCUAUCCUCUUCCGCCUCACCUGCAAUUCUCUUCUGCCUCCCUUCUUCCUCAUCCUCUUCCCUGCCUCCUCUUCUGCCUCACCUUCUCCUCUUCCGCCUCACAUAUGCAAUCUCUUCUGCCUCACCUUCUAUCCUCUUCCGCCUCACCUGCAAUUCCUUCUGCCUCACCUUGCUAUCCUCUUCCGCCUCACCUGCAAUUCUCUUCUGCCUCACCUUCCUCUAUCCUCUUCCGCCUCACCUGCUAUCCUCUUCCGCUGCCUCAAUUCCUUCUAUCCUCUUCCGCCUCACCUGCAAUUCUCUUCUGCCUCACCUGCUAUCCUCUUCCGCCUCACCUGCAAUUCUCUUCUGCCUCACCUUCUAUCCUCUUCCGCCUCACCUGCAAUUCUCUUCUGCCUCACCUUCUAUCCUCAUCCGCCUCACCUGCAAUUCUCUUCUGCCUCACCUUCCAUCCUCUUCCGCCUCACCUGCCUCUUCUCCUCCCUCCUCUGCCUCCGCCUCUAUUCUGCCUCCUUCCUCACCUGCAAUUCUGCCUCACCUGCUAUCCUCUUCCGCCUCACCUGCAAUUCUCUUCUGCCUCACCUUCUAUCCCUUCUUCCGCCUCCUCUUCCCCCUUCACCUCAUCCUGCAAUUCUCUUCUGCCUCACCUUCUAUCCUCUUCCGCCUCACCUGCAAUUGUCUUCCGCCUCACCUGCAAUUCUCUCCUGCCUCACCUUCUAUCCUCUUCCGCCUCACCUGCAAUUCUCUUCUGCCUCACCUUCUAUCCUCAUCCGCCUCACCUGCAAUUCUCUUCUGCCUCACCUUCUAUCCUCAUCCGCCUGACCUGCAAUUCUCUUCUGCCUCACCUGCUAUCCUCCUCCGCCUCACCUGCUAUUCUCUUCCGCCUCAUCCACUAUCCUCUUCCGCCGCACAGUUUGCUAACUCCUGAGGAAGACAGUGAUGAAGAAUUACUAUAA